AUGAGUUGUCAAGUCUUUUCUUCAGCUGACACCUUCAUCCCUCUGAAUUCUGACUCGUCUCCCACUCUGCCUCUGAUAAUGCAUCAUAGCGCUGCAGAAUGCUUACCUGUCUCCAACCAUGCUACUAACGUGGUGUCUACAGUACCUUCCUGUUUGUCUUUUAUCCCAACACUUAAAUGUUUCCACACAUGCUUCUCCGUGGCAACUCUGGAAAAUUCUCUAUCAGGUCUACAUUAUUCGGUCCCUUCCUGUCAUUAUGGAAAUCAGCAGGCUGCAUAUGGUGUGAUGGCAGGUAGCCUGACCCCUUGCCUUUAUAAAUUUCCUGACCAUGCUCUGAGUGCUAGCUCAUGUGCUUUGGGCCACAGCUUUCCUCCCAUGCACCCAUCUAUCCUUGGGGAUGACUCUGCCACCACUGAUUUCAAGCAGGAGUUCCGCAAGAAGAACAAGGCAGUUGAGGAACCCAUAGACACGGAUUCUCCAGAAAUCAGGGAGCUGGAAAAGUUUGCUAAUGAGUUUAAGCUAAGAAGAAUUAAGCUAGGUUAUACACAAACUAACGUUGGAGAAGCUCUGGCUGCUGUGCAUGGCUCUGAAUUCAGCCAAACAACGAUUUGCCGGUUUGAAAACUUGCAGCUGAGCUUCAAGAAUGCUUGCAAACUAAAAUCAAUACUAACAAAGUGGCUGGAGGAAGCAGAACAAGUAGGAGCUUUAUACAAUGAAAAGGUUGGAGUGAAUGAACGGAAAAGAAAGCGCCGAACAACAAUUAGUAUUGCUGCCAAAGAAGCCCUAGAAAAUCAUUUUGCAGAGCAAAGCAAGCCUUCUUCUCAGGAGAUCAUGAGGAUGGCAGAAGGGCUCAAUCUGGAGAAGGAAGUGGUGAGAGUCUGGUUCUGCAAUCGAAGACAACGAGAAAAAAGAGUGAAGACAAGUCUACAUCAGAACACCUUCAAUUCCAUUAUUAAGGACCACCAAGAGUGCCAGUAG